UAUUUCAACCCUACUGAAAUCCCAAAUCUGUUUUUCUUAUUUACAGUUACCUCGAUUGUAUCUACAUUUCUCAGAUUUUCAUUAGCUAACAAUGGGUUCUUCAACAACAGUUGUGUCGCGGAGAAGAACUCAAGCUCCGAAACCGCGAAGAACGUCGAGGAAUAAGUCGAAAUCAAGAGUAAUGGUUGAAGAGGACGAAUUUAGCGAUACGUUAUGUGAGAAAUGUGGAUCUGGAGAUUACCCAGCUCAGCUUUUGCUUUGUGAUAAAUGUGACAGUGGAUUUCACCUGUUUUGCUUAAGACCCAUUCUUGCUUCAGUGCCCAAAGGCUCCUGGUUCUGCCCCUCUUGCGAUGACAACAAAAAUCUGACUAAAUUUCCUCUCGUACAAACAAAGAUGGUUGAUUUUUUCCGAAUUCAGAGACCUUUAAGCUCAGUUAAUGAGCUGAGUCCAGGCAGCAAAGAUUGCCAGAAAAAGAGAAAACGUAGUAGUUUGGUAAUGUCAAAGAAGAGAAGAAGAUUAUUGCCCUUCAAUCCUACUAAGGAUCCUACCAGGAGAUUGGAACAAAUGGCGUCUCUUGCUACUGCCUUGUUAGCAGCUGGAGCAGAUUUCAGUAAUGAGCUUACUUAUAUGCCAGACAUGGCCCCACGAUCAGCUAAUCAUGCAGCACUCGAGCGAGAGGGAAUGCAGGUAUUGUCUAAAGACGAUGCAGAAACUUUACAUUUGUGCAAGAACAUGAUGAAACAAGGUGAAUGGCCACCACUCAUGGUUGUUUUUGAUCCCAAAGAGGGAUUCACUGUUGAAGCAGAUGUGUUCAUAAGAGACUGGACAAUAAUUACAGAGUAUGUUGGAGAUGUUGAUUACUUGAAGAACCGGGAAGCUGAUGAUGGAGAUAGCAUGAUGACUCUUUUAAGUACUAAUGAUCCUUCAAAAGACCUCGUCAUUUGUCCUGAUAAGCGCAGUAAUAUUGCUCGUUUCAUCAAUGGGAUCAACAAUCAUACUCUGUAUGUUCUUUUCCAUCAACCACUUGCGUGCUUUUUGAAGUUACUAUGUUAUCUCAUGCUUAUCCUAUGGCGCUUUGGUGAUGGGAAGAAGAAGCGGAAUGUUAAGUGUGUGAGAUUUGAUGUUAAUGGUGAAUGCCGAGUUUUAUUGGUUGCAAGCAGAGACAUUCGAAAGGGGGAGAGGCUAUAUUAUGACUAUAAUGGUUAUGAGAAUGAAUAUCCAACAGAGCACUUUGUUUAACCUCAUAGGAUCCAAACUGAUUUGUCCAGUGUUGGUUUCUAAAAUUUCAAUCUAUCGACACAUAGAGCAAAGCCCAGUAAACAGAACGGCAAGGUGGAGGGUAUACAAGAAUGAUUUUGUCUUGGGUGCAACAAAUGCAAGGGAUACAUAGUUUUUGGUCUAAUGAUCUAGUCUCACAUUUCAUACCUUGAAGAUAUUUUUUGUGGCCUCAUGAACUUGACAACCUGAGAAGAUUGUGUACAAAUGUCAGCUAUCGGUUGAUUCACUGUGUAAAUGCUUUAAGUUAAUCUACUGAUUUGUCUUAGUUCUGGAGAAAAAAAUUGUGUUCACAGAAAAUUCUGAUCUUUGUAACUCAUGUUUCCCUAAACAGAAGUUCCUUAAGCUCUCCAAGCAACACUUCUAUUGUUGAACUUUAGCAUUUUUUGAUCAAUAUCAGACUUGUUGAAUACACCAUAAAUUGAAUUGAAUUGGACAAGUUUCAUUUCUACUUAAUAUUGUUCCAUCUGAAAUCUGAAUGACUGAAUGAUCAUUGCAGACAA